AUGGGUUCCACUGCCGAGGACGCCUCCCGAACCGUACGAAUUUCCUCCGGAAGAGAAGAAACUGUGCGACGUUUUAAAGGAAGAGAAAAUACCACCAACCAAGAGAUAUGCCAAAAAACCAAAAGAAUUGUGCGUUUCAUAAAGGACGUCUAUAUUCCAUUCGUCAUUCCAUGGGAGCAGUGGCCAUGUAUACAAUCCCAAGAGGGUAUGGGUGCGUUCGGUAAACCGCGUGAUGCGUAUACCAAAAUUGAGCACGGCUCGAAGCCACUUGUUCAGGGAGAUCUUCAUUCCGAGACAAUCAAUCCACUUCUAUCGCAAGACACAGGAGCUUCCUCCAAAGGCAUGAUGCCAUUUGGAGCGUACAGAAGGAACGUAUCCUCUGUGAUCGACAAUCAUGAUUUCGAUACAUCUAAGAAAUAUGCAUAUUCAUGUCCUUGUAUAUUACAGCUAAAACUGAGUGAGGGAAUCAUACCGAAGCAAAUGCAAGGAUCGAUACCACCACAAAACGGUGAAACUGUGAUGGGAUCGAUGCGAAAUCAGGUUCAUUAG